AUGUCCCCGGAGCCACACCCGCUAGACCCUUCUAGCUCCCGUGCCUCGCCUGGCACGGGACCGUUGGCCUGCGUUGCGUGCAGGUCGCGGAAGCUCAGGUGUGACAGGGCAACGCCGUCGUGCGCUCGCUGCCUCAAGGUCGGCGGCGAAUGCGUAUACCCCGAUUCUCGAAGAAGGCCUGCGUUUAAGCGGAGGAACGUGCAGGAGCUUGAGGCCAGACUAGCCCAGGUCGAGAGCUACCUCAAACAAGUAAACAACAGCGCCAAUCACCACUCCGCAAAUGCAGCCUCAUCUUCACACCCGGCCUCGCUUUCGCAGGGUGACUUUGCUCUGCGUGGUCAGGAUGCGCUUGACAUGUCGUCCCAGGAUCCAGCAGGAGGAGCCUUUGCCUUUUCACAUCCUUCACAGCCCCAAGACAAGGAUCCCUUUACGGGCAACGGCCACGGCAACGGCUACGACAAUGGCAACAACGGGGCCCUCCUCGGAUUGGGAUAUUCAGAGACCUUGCCGCCUUUCCAUGUUCAAGAGGAACUACACAACAUCUUCUUUCAAAAGGAGUAUCAUCUCGUUCCCGUCGUCCACUCCGGCCGAUACUAUCAGUCGUUGUAUGCUGGGCCGCUGAGGAAACCGCCAAUGAGCCUCCAGUACGCCAUGUGGGCUCUGGCGGCCAGCGGCCACGCCAAGUACGACCGCUUCGCUCACGUCUUCUACACGAGAGCACGGCAUUACAUCGAAGCCGAUGAAAUGAAGGAUCUCGGAGAACACUUCAUCACAGUUGCCCACGCGCAAGCGUUGUGUAUCUGCGGCUCGUACGAAGCCAAGUGCAUGCUCUUCACGCGAGCAGCUACGACGUGCGCAAAGGCCGUUCGGCUAUGCCAGAUGAUGGGGCUCGAUCGACUCGACGGCGGAUGCCAUCACCUCCCCCCGUCUCUUGCACCUCACUCCACGUGGGAAGAACUGGAGGAGCGGCGAAGAGUGUUUUGGGGUAUCUUUGCCAUGGACUCUUUUUCCAGCAUAUCUACGGGCUGGCCUACAUUGAUCAAUCCCGACGAUAUUACGACGCGACUGCCAGCGUCAGAAGAGGCUUUUGCCUCCGGCCAAGAGGAACCAGCACCCUUUAUGGACGACGUCUUCACCGGCUCUAGUUACAGUGCCUUUGCUAGCACCCUUCUCAUCAGUCAGAUAUUCCGCAGCAUAAUCAAGCACAUGCACAGCUGCAAGCCCGACGACUUGCCUGAGGAUGUGACGCGAGGCCCCUACUGGAGGCGGCAUCGCGACCUUGAUAACAAACUGUCGACCGUCUUUAUGUUCCUCCCUGCCAAGUUCCGCUUUCCGAGAUCCUUGCGCGACCCCGGCGCCAUCCACCUCAAUCUCAACCUGCACGCUGCAGUCAUCAUUCUUCACCACGCUGCUCUGGACAAGGCAGAGCUGCAUGACUUGGCAGACGACGUCGUGGACUUUAGUCUUGGUCGCUUGAAAGCUUCCGCAGAAGAAAUUGUCCACAUACUAAAAAUGUCCACGUCCACAUACAUUUUUAAAAGCCCCUUGUGCGCCUUGGCCUUGUAUUGCUGCACGACCGUGUACGUUUACCUGGGCAAGAGAAACCCCGUAAGCGGCCUCACGGCGACGGACAAGUCGAACCUGGAAGUGGUGAUGCAAGCCAUGGAAGCCUUUGCACGCAAGUUCCAAAUCACUUGCGGUUUUAUCCAGCAAGCCUGCAUAGACAUUGAGAGAAACAAUCUGACGUCGCUGCUCAAGUUUCCGUGGCUCGAAAAGUACUUGGCUGGUGCUUCCGGCUCCCACAUACCGCUCAUCACGAGAAGCUCAGUCUCAAAACACACCGACAUCAUUCCGGUCCUGCCGGGAAGGCUCCCGCUCAACAAUCCCGAAGGAAAGAUACUGGGCACCCUCUUGGAUGCGGACAAGGACGACCCUCCUCGUCCCUUCGAGGAACCGAUCAACAACGACUGCUUCCAGCCCGUCCUCGGUGCGGCGACCCGGGCCGGACCCGUCAGCCCGACAGUCGGCGGCAUGUCUCGAGGGAGAACGGCGACGAGCCCUGGCGUCAGCCCCGACGCUGGGAUGCCACCAAACGCCAUGCCCGGGGGAAAGGCGGGCCAAGGCCUCGCCUGCGCGGCGCACCAGGCCACGGCAAUGCUCAACGGCAACGGCACUUCCGGUUUAGGCAUCUGCGACCGCUUGGCGGACGCCUCCUGUGUGCUGCCCGACCGCAACCACCCCUCAACGGUGCCUCAGCCUGGUGCCUACCGCCUGGACGAUGAAGGCCCCGGAGCCGCGUUUCCGGCAGGUUCGCACUCGACGACGCCCGCCGGACUCGGAAACACUCGCGAGGAAAACCGCAUAGAUUUGCGGGACCUCCAGGAGCGAAUGGCGGCUCAUCUCUGGCCAGCCGCGCAAGCGCAGCCCAUGCACGACGCCAUCUUCACGUCGUCUGUUGCAGAAACGCUCUUCAACAUGGCCGGCUUGCAAGGCAACAUUGAGAAGACCGCCGUGUCGUCUUGGGAUAGCACCUUGGAUGAGCCGAUGGCAUGGCGGAGCGACAUGCCGUGA